AUGACCGAAAAUAUUACUUUCUUCAAUUGUUCUUCGGCUGUUUCGAGAUAUACGCGCGAGUCCUGCCCAAUUCUUGCCCUUGGCUCUGAUGACAGUGUCCUGUCCGGGGACCUACUUUCCUGCAUUAUGAUGUUUCGGUUAGAUUCGCCCAUACCGGCAGCGUCUUUUCGGAGGAACUCGAUACCACUCAAAAUUGAAAAGCAUAAAACCAGCAAGAUGCUCAGAAUUGUUUUGCCCGGAACAGGUUCGAUUGUGCUGGUUUUGCUGUCGGUCGUGUGCGUUUACACAUGUCGCUACUUCAAGAAGAAAGGAGAUGAUCAAGCAAGACUUGAAAAGUUUUUGAAGAAUUACGAGGCACUUAAACCUACCAGAUUCUCUUUCGCUGAUAUCAAAAGAACCACACACAGUUUCAAGGAUAAAUUAGGUGAAGGUUCUCACGGAACAGUCUUUAAAGGCAAGCUAUCUGCUAAAAUUCAAGUUGCUGUCAAAGUACUGAAUAAUUCAGAUAAUGAUGGACAAGAUUUCAUCAACGAAAUGGGGACAAUGGGCCAAAUUCAUCACGUCAAUGUUGUUCGUUUGUGGGGAUUUUGUGCUGAUGGUUUUCAUCGAGCUCUUGUUUAUGACUUUUUCCCAAAAGGCUCCCUCCAAAAGUUCAUAUUUUCCCAAGAUAACAGAGAAAAUUUCCUCGGGUGGUCGAAGCUGCAACAGAUUGCUCUUGGCAUCGCAAAAGGGAUUGAAUAUCUUCACCAAGGCUGUGAUUAUAGAAUUCUCCAUUUUGAUAUCAAUCCUCACAAUGUGUUGUUAGAUGACGAGUUCACCCCUAAAAUUUCUGAUUUUGGUCUAGCUAAAUUGUGUUCUAAAAAUCAAAGUAUGGUGUCAAUGACAAUAGCAAGAGGAACUUUAGGAUAUAUUGCACCUGAAGUCUUUUUUCCAAAUUUUGGCCAUGUGUCAUACAAAUCAGAUAUUUAUAGUUAUGGGAUGCUACUCUUGGAAAUGAUCAGUGGAAGGAAAAAUGUUGAUACAAACAAAGAAACUUUUCAAGUUCUAUAUCCAGAAUGGAUUCAUAAUUUGAUCAAAGGAGAAAACAUGAGUAUUUCUAUAGAAGAUUAG